AAUGGAUACGAUUUCCAAUGACACCAUUAGACAGAGCUGCAACACGGAACAAAUUUGCACGAACGUUUCCGGGUGCUAUUGGUGCUAUAGAUUGCACGUACAUAAAUAUUAUUGCACCACGUAUACACGAGGAGGCAUACGUAAAUCAUCACGGCAAUCACUCAUUAAAUGUACAAGCUAUAGUCGAUCCAGACUUGAAAAUAUUAAAUAUCAACGCACGAUAUCCAGGAGCGAGGAAUGAUGCUUUUAUAUGGAAUUCUUCUCCAAUUAAACAUGUAAUGGAACACUUCUAUAAUCAUGGUGAAAGAAGAACGUAUUUGAUUAAUAUUGCUGGCCAAAUAGUAAAUGCAUGUGCAAUAUUGCACAAUAUGCGUCUGUAUUAUCGGUUACCCUUGGACAUGGAAGAAAAUGUGUUCCUCGAUAACGCACCUGCAGAUCACACCCAUGUAGAAGAAGAAGAAGAAGUAGAAAUUCGCAGAGGGCCUAGAGCUGUAGCACAGCGGAUACAAAAACAACUUAUGCAAGAGUGGUUUCCCAAUUAUGUAUGUGCAUGGGAUAAUGAAUAG